GGAAGUGAAAGGAGAAGCUGAUCUUUGGGUAGUUGAUAGGUAGCUGAUUAGGAGGCAAGAAGGCUAGCUCUCUAGCAAAGUGCCAAAUUCACUAUUUUUAUUCAUAUUUUCAUUCGUCAGUUCACGUUAGGUUUUAUUUUUGGUGUUUAUACCGAGGUACAAUUCGGGGCAACUUGAGCCGACUCGUUGCCUAAUUAACGCUGGCCGAGCAGUCGAGCUCCGGGGAGCUAGCUGGCUAACGUAACGCCGAAUCCACUUGGCUGUCCUGAACAAUAACAGCUAGUUAGCUCGCUCUCGGCUCCGAAACGGUAUAGAAGUCGCCUCUCCAGAGUGUUUCCAAUCUUAAAGCUGAACAAUGACGUCUAGGAAGAAAGUUCUCCUUAAAGUCAUCAUCCUGGGAGAUUCUGGAGUUGGAAAGACCUCUCUCAUGAACCAGUAUGUGAACAAAAAGUUUAGUAACCAGUACAAAGCAACAAUAGGAGCAGAUUUCCUCACCAAGGAGGUAAUGGUGGACGACAGACUCGUUACAAUGCAGAUCUGGGACACAGCUGGCCAAGAAAGGUUUCAGUCCUUGGGUGUUGCAUUCUACCGUGGAGCAGACUGCUGUGUGCUGGUCUUUGACGUGACUGCGCCCAACACCUUCAAGACACUCGACAGCUGGAGGGAUGAGUUUCUAAUCCAGGCCAGCCCUCGAGAUCCUGAGAAUUUCCCUUUUGUGGUGCUAGGCAACAAGAUUGACUUGGAGAACAGACAGGUAACCACUAAAAGGGCUCAGGCUUGGUGUCAGAGUAAGAACAACAUCCCCUACUUUGAGACCAGCGCCAAAGAAGCCAUAAAUGUAGAACAAGCAUUCCAGACAAUUGCACGUAACGCUCUCAAACAGGAGACUGAGGUGGAGCUGUAUAAUGAAUUCCCAGAACCCAUAAAGCUGGAUAGGAACGACAGAGCUAAACCUUCCCAAGAAAGCUGCAGCUGCUGAGGGACAAACUGGACCAUCUUCUCUCAUAGUGUCUUCACCCUGUUGCAUCUCAUCAUCCUCGCUCCCAGGGAAAAAAAAAAAAAAUCCCUACUGGUCUUCCUCACACACCGCUCAUUCCAUUGACUCCACCCCCUCACACUGUAUACUGCACAUGGAUGUAUGCCUCCCCUCCUCCCCCACUUAGUACAUAAAUUAAUACACUAGUUCACCCUCAUAUAUAAAUCAAUGACAAAUCCAGUGCAGUAAAAUAACGAGAGAAGAAAAAAA